CCCUUUUCCGCUCUUCCUCACGCCUCGGAAGCAAGCAGCGGGAGGAGAAGGGAACAGGCAGGUCUAGGCCGGAGGGCCCAAGGUUGGGAGGGGCCGACGCGAGCCGGCCCCCUAGUAGGAAAUGAGCCUGCAGAGCCCGAGCUGCCUGGCCCAGGUGGGACCCAGAACUUCUGCUCCAGGAUGUUGACGAAGUUGCUGUCGCUGCUGCUGCUGCUGCUGCCUGGCUACGCCUUUUGUAACCAGGAAGAUUCAGAUGGCUCUCGAAGCCUGCAUAUGCUCCAGAUCUCCUACUUCCAAAACUCCACUCACGUGAGACAUCAGGGCAAUGCCUCGAUGGGGACGAUCCUGACACACACGUUGGAAGGCACCAACAACAAAGUCACCAUCCUCCAGCUGCAACCCUGGGAGGAUCCCAAGAGCUGGGAGCGCACAGAGAAGGGCCUGCAGGUGUACCUGUUCCAGUUCCACAAGCUGGUGCAGCUGGUGUAUCGCGAGCGUGACCACAGCAUAGACUUUCCUCUCACAGUCACUUGCUCCCUGGGCUGCAAGCUACCUGCUGCCAACCUGCCGACUGAGAGCUCUGAAGCCCAUGUCUUCUUCGAUGUGGCUGUGAAUGGAAGCUCCUUUAUACGUUUCCAGCCUAAGACCGCUCAGUGGGUGAUAAACUCCCAGAAGUUCUCUGACGCUCUCUUCUUCACCCUGAAGCAGCUUAAUGCCUACAAUCGGACUAGGUAUGAAAUUCAGGAAUUUCUUCAGGACACCUGUGUGCAGUUUGUGGAGAAACACUUCAUCACACAAAACAUGAAAGGGAGCCAAACAGGCCGCUCUUACACUUCGCUUGUCCUGGGCAUCCUGGUGGGCAGUUUCAUAAUUGCUGGCGUGGCCGUGGGCAUCUUCCUGUGCACGGGUGGACGGCGCUGCUGAUGACUCUCAAGUCCCCUCAGAGAAAGGGCUGCACGGAUGGGGGCUAGUAAGGGGAGGUCACAGCUCAUAGGAAGCUAAACAGACACCCCCGGCAGCCGGCCACCUUAUCUCAGGAGAUGUAGAGCAACAACUCACUUUUUUCUCCUGCAGCUGCCAAUCAGUUUGAGGAAGGGGUGUAAAGGGGGUGUGCAGACAAAGCACUUGAGAGAACGUGCUUGCUUUGUUAGUUGGUCUGAGAAGCGGUGCUUGCUUCUCUGUGGUAAUUAGAUGAUAGACUUGGGGUGUCUGUGAACUCCCUGCAAAGGCAGAUUCAGUGGAGGCAUCCCAACAUCUAACUAAAUAAAAUGAGUUGCCUGUAGCCAAAAUAAACUACAUUUAAUGUGUCCAGGUGUGUCCAACUUGGGAAGGGAUACUGGUUUGAAAUAAACUAGAGAAAUGUCACAAUUGUCAGAUCAAGCAACAUGGAAGAACGAGUAAUAAUUAAUUAAACAUUAUAUUUCUUAUUUA